AGCCGAGGGGGGGGGUGUAGGGGCUGGCCUCAUGCACUGCACCAGAGUAUUAGACUAUUUUCCUCACAAACAAGCAAUGGCUGUGGAUGUAGCAAUGCAGCUAUACCUAUGUUCCUCACCCUUGCGGAGAGAGAAGUGUGCCUGCAAAAUUGCUCCAAAGCCAAGCAAGCCGUUGCGGCCGUGCAUCCAGCUGAGAAGCAAAACUACACUGAAUGGACCAGAAGAGGCAGCAAACUCCUUCACACACAACAAAGUGAAGAAGAGGGUGUCGUUUGCAGAUAGCAGAGGCUUUGCUUUGACGAUGGUGAAGGUGUUCUCAGAGUUUGAUGAUCCACUAGAUAUUCCUUUCAACAUCACUGAGCUGAUAGACAACAUUGUGGGCCUGACAACCGUGGAGAGGGACAGCUUUGUCCUGGAUUUUGUUCAGCCCUCUGUGGACUACCUGGACUUCAGAAACCGCCUCCAGGCAGACUGUGUCUGCCUUGAAAACUGUAUGCUAAAGGAGCGAUCUGUUGUGGGAACAGUGAAGGUGAGGAACCUCGCUUUUGAAAAGACUGUGAAGAUCAGGAUGACGUUUGACACCUGGAAAAACUUUGUAGAUUACCCAUGCCAGUAUGUCAAGGAUACGUAUGGAGGGUCAGAUUGGGACACAUUUUCCUUUGACAUCAGCUUGCCUGAGGGAAUUCAAUCCCAUGAAAGAGUAGAGUUUGCCAUCUCCUUUGAGUGCAAUGGGAAGGUGUACUGGGACAGCAACAAGGGCACAAAUUACAGGAUCAUACGGUCAGAACUGAAGUCUGCCCAAGAAGCUGUCCACCCCCCACAGGGCCCUGAGUUUGGCAGUGCCUUUGACCAGUUUGGGAGCCCUCGGUGCUCCUAUGGCCUCUUUCCUGAGUGGCCCAGCUAUUCGGGCUAUGAGAAGCUAGGGCCUUACUAUUGACUGAAGGACAAAGUCCUGAUUGACUAACUGUUGCUGGUGUGUCUGCAGGCCUGGAAGCUGGUCUGAACACGAGGUGUACGGAAAGGUGGAAGAAGUACGGAUCCCUGUAGCUCUGCAUAAGCCUCCUGGCAAAACCAGAUGUGCUCUGCUGGCAGUGGGCUUAUAGUCAGGGAAGCAUCUCUGGCAGGCGUAAAGGGCAGCCUUCCCUGCCUCAGCUCAGAUAACUGGCUCUCCAGAUGCUCAAAGGACCAGGAGCUGUUGCUCAUAUAUCUCUUAAGUGCUGCUACUCCUUCCUCUUCUAUAAAGCUGCUAGUCUCCAGGGAAACACUACCGUGCUUAUCUUGUCUGUCCAAGCUAUGUAGUGGUGGCUGGUUUGUAUUGCUUGCCUAGUGUUAAAAGGCUUUUUUCAAAAUAUGUUCUAGUAUUAUGUUUUUAGUGGGCUGUACUUCAGCUGCAGGGUUCUCCUUGCAAAGCUGGCCUGUGCCUGUCAGGUAGUAGAAUGGUCAGCUUGCGGGUAACAGAGCCCUCUCCUUGCAUGUGUCCUUGUAGUGUGAGGUCCUUCCUACUGGAGGCAGAAAGGGUGUAUUGGAAAUGAAAAUGCAACUGUGAUAACAGGAAAUGUGGCCCUACAGCUGGCCAUAUUAGGAGAUGUAUGUGCCUGUGGGAGAGGAUCUGAUAUGCUUAGUCACCAGUUGUUUUAUCAGCUGAUCUUGAAAAACUCUCAUUAUACCCUUGGUGUUACCAAAAAUAGAGAUUAGCUGUGUGGUGCUUGUAACACUGCUGUGGGUUGACAGCCUUGACUGCUGCCUUCAAAACCCUCCUGUUUCUUUUAUCACAAGUGAUUGAUGAUGCUUUUCCCCUGUGAUGGACAUAUGAAGUCAGCUGUUGGUCGUGCUGGGCACUGAAAAUGCAGUUCUUCCUCCUGUGGACUGUAAAACAGGGUUUUGUCCAGCUGGGGCCCACAGUCCUGUGCAGGAGGCUGUGCUCAGGUGUUGCAGGAGCUAAACACAAAUGGACCACAUGGCUACUCUAUGCUGUGUCCUGUUAUAAGAAAGUGACUGUUGUGUACCUACUGUGGUGGAAGUGCCUUGACUGAGAAAGGGGUGGUACAUGCAAUCCCAGCAAUGUGUUGGGAUAAACAGGCUUUGGAAAUGAUGUUGCUUUUAAAAAAGAUCUCCUAAUGGUUUGUUAUUCUGUGCCACGGACUGCUUGGCAGCUAGUGGCAUGGCACUGCUCACAUGUGAGGAUGCUGUGGCUAUACUGGAUUAAUAUCAACAUGCUGGGCUUCCCUAACUGUUGUAGCAGUAGCUGCCAUUCCGACUUGUAAAUGCCCAAACUUUGCAUCUCUGUGUCUGUAAGAAGUGGCUCACACCACCUGGGCAAAGAACUAACUGUGAGGAAUGUGAGAUGUGGGGUUAUCCUGACGCUGCCCCUGGAUGUGAAACAAAUCACGGAUGUGAGCCGUCCCUAUCUUCAAAGAGGGGGCUUGUCUUCUGGGCCUGUGCUGAGGUGAGGUGGCCAGCUUGUGCAGUGCCAAACAGCCUCACAAAGCUUCUUGUGUGCUAGUUGAGCAGAAUAACUUCAUCCUUCAGCUCAAAGGGAGAGUGCUGAAUAGUUUGUAGAAACAGAGGUCAAGGGAAUCUUUUUUUCUAGUGUAUAAGCUUUAUAUAGUUUUUUGGGUGCCUAUAAUAGCCUAUGGAUGGGCUGGAGAGAAGCAAUGGGCUAGACUACUUAACUUUUUAAACCUAGCUUUUAAUUCUGGAGACUACUGUAUAUAAUACUUACAAGCUGUUUUACCCUAACCUAGAUGAUCACUGUUGGAUGCCGAAAGGGACAAGAGCUAGCCUUCAACUGCUGCUUUUUCAAAACCCAACACCGAUGCAUGUCAUCACUAUGCUUGAUCACUUAGUUGAGGUGGUAAAUCUACUUGCUAGCCCAGAACUCAUCAGGCUUGGUUCCUCUGUUCAAACAGCUUCCCAAGCCAGCUCUUAUAACCUGCAUCUGGUAUCUCUUGAAGGGACUGUUGCCUAGCUUGGCUUGAACCUGGUUUUAAACUUAAAGCAAGUCUGAGUGAC